UAGACCUGGAUUCAAACGAGCGACUUCCACCUCGACGGCUCGGCGAGAUCGUCGUCAGCCUUCCAAGCGUAAUGAAGGGCUACCUCAACAAACCAACGGAAACUGCAGAAGUACUUGAUAGCGAAGGCUGGCUUCGAACCGGAGAUCUCGGCUACUACGACGAACGCGGUCAGUUCUUCUUGUUGGAGCGCCUCAAAAACCUGGUAAAGUGUGGCGGCACACACGUGGCCACGGCGGAACUAGAAGAAGCUCUCCUCGCCUGCGCCGGAGUGGUCGACGCAGCCGUGGUUGGUCGGCCACAUGAAGUUUAUGGCGAGUCAGCUGUGGCCGCGGUUGUACUGAAGAAUUGUGCUGACGCUACCACCAAAAAAGCUCGGCGUCUGCAGGAGAUGAUCGCCGCGAGGUUCCCGGAACACAUGCAUCUGCACGGCGGCGUUAUAUUCCUUGGUCAGAUGCCCCGCACUGGCAGCGGAAAAAUAGACAAGCAGCGGCUUCGUAAAAUGUGCGCCACUACGUCGGCGGAAUGCAAGAUGGACUGGCCUGUGUUGUUAUUCUGCACAAACGAGACCGAAUAAAACUCGACCACUGCGUUGUUC